CAGAUAAAUGUUGGAGACACUUUUAUUACAUAGGUUAUAUAUGAUAUGGCUUUUCCAAUAUGUAUGUUUUAAGCCUGAAAUCCUCAAAAGAACGACAUUGUAUGAACAGAAUAUAUAGAUAUCCGAUAUUUGAUGAAAACAAGAAGAAAAGUUUUUUAGUGUAAUCUAGUGCAGUGAUAAAAAACAAACCAGCUAUUUCGACGACUAGAAAGAUGACAGACACUUGGCGUUUGGAUAUUUUACCAAACGAGAUGUUGCUUUCAAUUUUCAAUUAUUGCAAUGCAUAUGAUUUGAUACAACUUAGCCAAGUAUGCAAGCGAUUUUAUAGGAUCAUAUCAGAUACAGGCUGGAAUAAAAAAAGGAAAUCAUUUCUCGUUACGAAUCAAACGUCGGAAAUGUUUCGUAAAAGAUGUUUUACAUUAUUGCAACCACAUGCAGCAUGGCACAUAUCUCAGAACUGGCAUUAUGGAAUAUAUAAAAAAGAAGCUGUAUUCUCAUGGAAAAAAAGUAUGAUACCAUGGCUAAAAAUGACGGACAAUAUGCUUUGGUGGAUGUUUGGGGAUCUUUAUGGUUUUAAGCGUCAUGAGAAGACAUUAAAUAAAUACCGAUCAAGAUAUCAUACCAUAGAAUCCUGUGGUCUUCACAUCAACAAAUUCAUUAUUUGGAAAAAUUUCAUCAUAUGUGGUUAUAUGGAUGGCACUGUAGUCUACUUUAUGGUGAAUUUCGAAGAUGAUUUGCGCACUGCAAAAAUGAUCGCACAGAAGUCAGCUUCUGUAAAAUCUACUGUUAAUGCCAUAGAUGCCUCGUUAGAAAAUGUUAUUGCAGGUUUGGAUAAUGGUACAGUAAAGAUAUUUAGACAUCCAGAACUUUUGAAUGUAAGGACUUGGGAUCAAAUAUGCAAUAUGGAUAUAAAUAAAAGAAUGCUUACUGGUGAUGAUAAAAAGGGGGAAAUCUAUAUAAAUCUAAAAGAUAAAGUGCAAUCACUUUCAAUUGAUCCUACUGGAAUAACAUUUGCUGUUGGUUCGGCUGGAAUAAAUGACGUUCCAUUACAUGUAAUCAAUGUCGAGCGUUACACAAUGGUCGAUACAAUGCAGCACGAGUGGAAAUACGGCGCUGGAAUAUUAGACAUGGUAUGGGAUGAUCCCAACACUUUACUCACUUGCGGUUAUGAUACAUACAUCCGAAAAUGGGACUUGAGAACUGGAAGAUGCGUUUGCUCAUGGGUGGAUCCAUGCGAUGCAACAUUAUAUUGUAUUGCAUCCGAUAAUCAAUACACUAUGAUAACAGGGACACAGUAUAAUUGUUUAGCUAUUCUAUGGGAUCAGAGGAAAACUGAUUUCGUUCAGAUGUAUUAUGUAAAUUCGCAAGAAUCAUCUCGACGCAGCCCAAUCUAUUCUUUACAAUUUGAUAGUACACAUCUGUAUUGCGCUACAGAUAAACGCAUGAUCGAAUUAAACUUUUCACUCCGUUCAAAUCAAAAGCAUGAUUACAAAUCAUUGUUUGCAUAUUUAAAAAAUAGGUAGAUGCAGAUCGAUUCAAAUAAAACUUUUCAUGCUUAAAGAAAAGUUUAAUUACAAUUUGUGACAAGAAGCAUAGAAGAUAUGAAGAGCAAAAUCAAAUUUUAAGAAUUGAAUCUUGGAUAUGAUGUAUUUCGUAAAAAUAGUGCGCUUUAUAAAAACAGCGAUAUUAUUUUAUUAUAAACUGUAAUGAUACGAAUUGUAAUUAUUAUGUAUUAUAUAUAAAUAAUGAUUGUAAAUAAAUAUUUAGUCACAGAUA